AUGAAUCCUAUUCAAGAUGAAGAUGUUUGCAAAUUCUAUGCAAAAAUAGCACCAAUGUCGGUGAUACCAGCAAAACAAAUAAAGGAAGAAACACCAGCUCAUCAUUUGAAUGAAGAAGAAGCUUUAUUUAUGUGGUAUCAAUUAUUGAUCGAAAUAUUAAAUCGUAUGCCGUUAACAUUUUUUUCAAGAAAAGAUCUUUUGAACGAAUGUCGACAAGAAUACCAGGAAAAAGAAAUUGAAUUACGUAAGACACAAGAAUUUGAAGAUUUGUAG